GCUACAACAUGGCGUCCCCACCAAAAACACUGACCCUGUGUUUCACCGCCUGUAUUUUAUCAUCUGUUGUAGUUGCAGCCCAGGUCGCCAUUCAACAGCUAACCAGAACAGAAUUGCAAGAGAUAUUUGGGGUUCAGGAUCACAGUAAAGUGCCAGAUUAUAGUUUGACAGAAAUCCACGAAUACCAAACUAGGGGGGCCUCAAACCAUGAUGGUCGUCUGCGGAUGUCUAUGAAAGUGGGCGGCCGUUUGCUUCGUCUGCAUCUAUCACGUAAUGACGACCUCGUGCAAAACACGCUCGUGACCAAACUCAGUGUAAACGAUGACGGGCAGACGAUAGAGGAGAACGUGACAGGAAAAGACGAUGUUGACGGUGAAUUGAGUCAGCUUUACGAGGACCCUGUACACUCUGCUGCUUUCACAAUACAGAGAGAUGCAUCUGGUCUUCUGUUGGAUGGAUCUGUCGGGGACUACGUAGUUCGAACCCUUCCGGAUCACGUGACCUCAAACUCCUCGCUGCGUCACGUGGUCUACAGACAGCCAGACGUUCGAUUUGUCUCGGAUGAAUACUACCCUCCCGAUGAAAAUACCAGUGCAAACAUCACACAACCAAGAGGAUUACAUAAAAGACAAGUCAAAGUCCCGGCGAUAGUGUACGCAGAAGUCACUCUCAUUGUCGCUCAUUCUGUUAUAAGGAACAAGGGUUCGGAGGCCAACGCCAAGAAAUAUGUUCUUAAUUAUUGGAACAGCGUUUCCAGCAAUUAUAAAAGUUACAAAAUGUCACCAGAUAUCCGUUUCAAAAUCAAAGAGUUUAUAAUGUGUUCGAGUCCUACUGCAGCAAUGUGCAAUGGCAUAGACCAGUCUGGCAGUCUUGGGGACGUCUUGCAGCGAAUGGUGGACUACUUAAAGCCGAGGAAGAAAUACGAUAUUGCUGUGGCUCAUAAUUGCGCGAAUGGAUGGAACAGGGGGGAUGGUAUGGGUGCAGUGGCCAAAGCCUGUGACCCUUGGGCAGUAGGAGUGGUCAGUGAUGACUGCAGCCAGCGCUUCACGAAACUUCACCUCCACGAGACUGGCCACAUUCUGGGCUCCCCUCACGACGGAGACAGCGGCAUGCCGUGUGACAGGAGCGCGUACCUGAUGACCCCUAACGGCUAUUCUACCUCCCACCUCCCCUCCCCCUGCACCAGGGCGAAGUGGAGCGCUUAUUGGAGUUCUUCCAAAGGAGCCUGUAUGCACAUGUAGAAAUGCUGAAAGAAACUCCCGACCUUUUCUCUUUGGUCGUUGAUAAUAUAAAAUAUUGAUCUGAUUGGUACAUUUGUGAAUGGAACUCUGUCAUCUAGUUUAUUGCCAUUAAUGCGAUGUAAGACACAAAGAACUGUUACUGACAACAAUUUUGACUUAAUGAAUAAAU